CCUUCAAAGGCUCCGUCAACAGACGCUUCAAAGGUCCAGACAAAGGCCCCACCAAAGGUCAAGAAGCUACCCUCAGAACUAACCAAGGGAGGUCUCCCAGGAUUCUACAAGAACUUGGGUGGUGGAUUUAAGGCUUCAAGUCAUGUUCUGGUCCUAGACGGAAGAGGACAUCUUCUUGGUCGUCUUGCUGCUAUUGUUGCUAAGCAGGUUUUGCUUGGGCGCAAAGUGGUUGUUGUGAGAUGUGAGGGUAUCAACAUUUCUGGCAACUUUUACCGCAACAAACUCAAGUACCUUGCUUUCCUGCGGAAACGCAUGAACACAAACCCUUCCCGUGGGCCAUACCACUUCAGAGCACCUAGCCGCAUCUUCUGGAGGACUGUAAGAGGUAUGCUGCCACACAAGACAAAGCGAGGACAGGCUGCUCUGGAGCGACUCAAGGUCUUUGAUGGUAUCCCACCUCCUUAUGAUAAGAGAAAGCGUAUGGUGGUCCCUGCUGCCCUGAAGAUUGUGCGCUUGAAGCCGACACGCAAGUUUGCUCUCCUUGGCCGCCUUGCCCAUGAGGUUGGCUGGAAGUACCAGGCAAUCACUGCCACCCUGGAGGAGAAGAGGAAGGUAAAGGCCAAGAUGCAUUAUUCCAAGAAGAAGUUGGUCAUGAAAUUGAAGAAGCAAGCAGAGAUAAACGUUGAAAGUAAAAUUGCGCAAUACACAAACGUCCUGAAGAAAUACGGUGUCCUCGUUUAAUUAUGCUCACAGACCUGGAAUAAAAAUGUUUAACAAAA